AUGUCGUUCUUUUCAGGCCUGUUGGCCCUUGGGCUGGCAGCUUCGGCGUCCCUGGUCGAGGCAACUCCUCAACGUCCCGGCAGCAAACCUCUUGGAAGGCCGAACUGGAGAGGAGCCGGUAAGAGUGCCGGGUCUCCUGCAUAUCCUUGGAUCUUCCAAAAACCGCUGCCCGUGCCAGCGGUCGCCCAGCCUGUCUUCACGGAGAAUAUCAACGGCCGGACGAUCCAGUACUACGAGUCGACUAUUCAGCCUUUCCAGCAGCAGGUGUAUCCCAACUUGGGGCCUGCUAAUCUUAUCGGUUACAAUGGAACCGCACCAGGUCCUACAUACUACAUCCCUCGCGGUGUAGAGACUGUCAUUCGUUACACCAACAAAGGAUCCCAAUCCUCGUCCGUCCACCUUCACGGCUCAUACACCCACGCCGCCUGGGAUGGGUGGGCUUUCGAUGAGCUGCAACCAGGUCAAUGGAAAGACUACUACUACCCCAACACUGAGACUGCACGUCCAAUGUGGUACCACGACCAUGCUCACGGUCACACCGCAGCCGAUGCCUACUACGGCCAAGCAGGUUGCUACAUCAUCACCGACCCGGCUGAGGACGCUCUUGGUCUUCCAAGUGGCAAAUAUGAUGUUCCCCUCGCACUUUCUGACAAGAUCUAUCAGUCCAACGGUGAUCUCGCUUCGCCCAAUGGCAACGUUAUUAACUUCUUCGGCGACACCAUCGAGGUCAACAGCCAGCCAUGGCCAUAUCUCAAUGUCGAGCCUCGCAAGUACCGCUUCAGGCUUUUCGAUAUGUCUCUUAGCCGCUCAUACGAUCUUUACCUGGUGGACCAGAACAACAACCCCAUCCAAUUCCAAGUCAUCGCCUCCGACUCGGGUCUUUUCUCCGCUCCAGUCAACGCCAAAGACGUCGUCCUGUCCAUGGGCGAGCGAUACGAGAUCAUCGUCGACUUCUCCGGCUUCAAGGGCCAGAAUGUGACAAUGAUGAACGGCAUGCAAAUUACCCAGAUCAACGAGUUCGCCAACACCGACAAGGUCAUGCGUUUCGUCGUCGGCAACACCGUCAGCGACGCUUCGAACAACGCCGUCCCAUCCUCUCUCAACACCAACAUCGCCUGGCCCGCACAAAGAAGCACCAUCGACCACCAAUUCAACUUCCAAAUGGGCGGCGCAGACGUCUGGACCAUCAACGGCGCCAACUUCAACGACCCCAACUCUCGCGUCCUCGCCCGCCCACCCCAAGGCACCGUCGAGCGCUGGAGGCUCCGCCACACCGGCGGACCAGCCGUCCACCCAGUCCACAUCCAUCUUGUCAACAUGCAGGUCCUCUCCCGCACAGGCGGUUUCCGCGGCCUCGCUCCUUACGAGGCCGCCGGUCUCAAAGAUGUCGUGAUGCUCGCCCCGGGCGAAACCGUCGACGUCCUCGCCUUCUACGGCCCCUGGAACGGCAUGUACAUGUUCCACUGCCACAACCUGAUCCACGAGGACCACACCAUGAUGGCGGCGUUCAACACCACGAUCCUCGCAUCGCUAGGCUACGACUUCAAUUCGACCCAAGGCUUCGGCGACCCCUUGGACCCGCGCUUCACCGCGAAGGACUACGACGCGAACGCUUUCUCCGACUCCGCAAAACACGCCGCCGUCUCGUCGUUCGCUUCCUUGAACGCCUACGCGCCUGUGACCAGCCUCAUCGCGGCCGAGAACGCAUACUACCAAACCGCCGGCUACAACGGCGACGCCUCAGCACCCGCCGUGGCCACCGCGCCCGCUACCUCCUCAGGUGUGGGUUUCGCCCCUGCGACCGCGGUUCCAACAAGCACUGCGCUCUUCUCGCGCGAGACACCUGCUCCGGAGGCAGUUGCUUUCCGUGCAUGA